AAACAGGGAUGGGGCGAAGCAAAAAUCAAAGACCCUAUCUAGCAAGCCAGCUCCACGGAUGGAGCGGCCUUCCUUCCAUCACUUCAGCUCUUCCCAUCCCCCAAGCUGACCCUCAGCCUUUCUCCCGAAGACUCCCCGAACCUCUGCUGUCCUGUGGGGGUCGAGAGCUCACCUGCGGCGGACUUUUGUAGACUCUGGAGGAGAAACAGUAACUCCCCACCCCCACGUUCCCUUUUGUACCUUCCCUCUACUCUGUUCCUUGAGGGAGAACCCAACUUCUAAGGGGUUUUUAGAUGAGAGUGGCGUUUCAUUUUUGCUUUCCAUAUUUCUUCCCUGAAAACUUGAUGAGAAACCACCCUCUCUGUGUCACAGUGAGGCGGGCGUGUUGGAUAUCUGCAGAGUUGGCCUUGUGUGGGUAGGAGUGCGGUGUGUAUUGUUCGACUGUCAGCGAAUAGCAGCAUGCUUUUCCACGAAACAGUACUGACGAGUAAAGAAAGAGCAUUGGGUUAGGAGCGAGUGUCUCCCCAUCUACCCUGGGCUGGUGUGGUGUUCAGGGAGACUGCAGUUAACCUUGAAGCUGUAGUUCUGUUGAAACAAAAGGCAGGAAGUGCUUGAAGAAAAUUCAGGUCCUGUCGUCUAGGUUUAUGAUUAAUCUGGUCCUGUGGCCUUUGGUUACCAUUCUCAAAGCCCCUCUUCUUGCGGUGGGUUUUUUUUUUCCUCCCAGCGAAACUGAUAUAUCAAUUGUAUGUUAUUGAUUGGUUUUACAAGAUCAGUAUCACCUACCAAAAUUUAGGGGCUGAAAAGUAAGAGCACGUUUUAAAUCUCAGAGAGAAGGAUAAAUGAAAACGUAGUUAAUUAACUCCAGCUCUUCUCACGUGUGUGUGCUGCCAGAGUGUCUGUGUGUGCUCAUGAAGGCUUUGUCAAGUUGACCUUCAUUUCGGCAGGUGCAGAAUAGUGACGGUUUUGGCCUAGCGUUAAUGCCACGGAAUCCCCAGUGAUCAUCUAUUGGUAGCACUUGCAUAUGUUAAAACUUGCCGUAUUUUUAGCUUGUUUCUUUUGCUUCCAAUCUAUAGCCCAUCUUAACUACUGUUCGUUACGUACCUAGCUAAAGCUGACAACAAUGAGAUGUGAGGACUCAGAAUCACAGAAGGUGACUGGAAUGGCCGUCUUGUACCUUCCUGAUUAAACUUUCUCAAAGGUAGACUUCCCGCAGGAAAUCACUUCUGAAUAGUUAGGUUCCAAGUUUUCAGAGCCACUCAGUGCUCACAGACUUGUUCGCUGAUUGUUUCCAGAUCUCCAAUAAAAAAAGCACAAAGAAGAAACUGUGUGGAGGGUCUGUCCAGCCCACGCAAAGUGUGCUGCUCUAAGAGGGCGAGGCUUGAGCCCCCAGCAAUAGCAGCAGAAAGAACUCAGAGCAGAACAGGAAAUCCCAAAAAGACAGAUCUUGUUACAUGAGCAGAGAACAGAAAAUAAACUAAGUGUUGGAUGCCUUCUCACCAUGUUGACGGCACCGUAAAUACAUUCGUCAGUUUCCCCAAGUUUUACCUGAAGAAAACUCCAAGAGUUUAUAUUUGAGGACUAAGGUGUGACCGCCAGUUAUCAGGCUUUCAGGAUGAAUCUGGAAAAACUCAGCAAGCCCGAACUCCUAACACUAUUCAGCAUUCUUGAAGGAGAGCUUGAAGCUAGGGACCUUGUUAUAGAAGCCUUAAAGGCCCAACACAGAGAUACCUUCAUUGAAGAACGCUAUGGAAAGUACAACAUCAGUGACCCUUUAAUGGCUCUGCAGCGAGACUUUGAAACCCUGAAGGAGAAGAACGAUGGCGAAAAGCAGCCAGUCUGCACAAACCCACUCUCGAUUCUCAAGGUGGUGAUGAAGCAGUGUAAGAACAUGCAGGAACGCAUGCUGUCCCAGCUGGCCGCUGCCGAGAGCAGGCACCGAAAGGUGAUCCUAGACCUUGAGGAAGAAAGGCAGAGGCAUGCCCAGGACACGGCUGAAGGAGAUGACGUCACCUACAUGCUGGAGAAGGAGCGAGAGCGCCUGACUCAACAGCUGGAGUUUGAGAAGUCCCAGGUGAGAAAGUUUGAGAAGGAGCAGAAGAAGCUGUGCAGUCAGCUGGAGGAGGAGCGCGCCCGCCACAAGCAGCUCUCGUCCAUGCUGAUGCUGGAGUGCAAGAAGGCCAGCAGCAAGGCCGCCGAGGAGGGGCACCGGGCCGGCGAGCUGAGCCUGCAGCUGCAGCAGGAGCGCGGCCGCGUCAGCGAGCUGGAGGAGGAGCUGGCCGCAGAGAGGAAGCGAGGCUUGCAGACGGAGGCCCAGGUGGAGAAGCAGUUGUCUGAGUUUGACAUCGAAAGGGAACAACUGAGAGCAAAACUGAACCGAGAAGAGAACCGGACCAAAACUCUGAAAGAAGAGAUGGAGAGUUUGAAGAAGAUCGUGAGGGAUCUAGAAGCUUCUCACCAGCGUAGUGGUUCUAACGAGCAGUUAAAGAAACCAGUAACCACAUGUAAAGGCACAGUGACCGAGCCCCCCAGGCUAGCGUCUGUGUUCUGCCAAACGGAGAGUGUUCAGGAAGAACGAACCCAUGGGAGCAGUGCGGCCAAGGCCACAAUCACCGGGCUGCCUGGUCCCACCACUCCUACUUUCUCUUAUGCCAAAACCAAUGGCCAUUUCGACCCAGAGAUGCAUGCUGCCAAGGAGCUGAUCACGGGCAGCAGUGUGGAAAACCAGGUGGCUCCACGGGAGAAGUCUGUGGGAUCCGCCCAAGAGAGAGCGGUGGAGAACGGUGGGUGUCCUGUGGGGACUGAGAGUCUGGUCCCAGCGCCGAGUCAGCUCCCCUCCAGCGGGAGCUCACUGUCUCCCAGCAGCACCGCGUCCUCCUCUCUCACAUCCUCCCCUUGCUCGUCCCCAGUACUAACUAAGCGCCUCUUGGGGUCCUCGGCCAGCAGCCCCGGCUACCAGUCAUCCUACCAGGUAGGCAUCAACCAGCGCUUCCAUGCGGCUCGGCACAAAUUCCAGUCCCAAGCGGAUCAGGACCAACAAGCCAGCGGUCUGCAGAGUCCCCCGUCCAGGGACCUGUCCCCCACCCUCAUGGACAACUCUGCCGCCAAGCAGCUGGCCCGCAACACGGUCACUCAGGUGCUCUCCAGAUUCACCAGCCAGCAAGGGCCCAUCAAGCCCGUCUCUCCCAACAGCUCCCCCUUCGGCACAGACUAUCGAAACCUGGCCAACACCACCAGCCCAAGAGGUGACGCCAGCCAUUCACCAACACCAGGGAAAGUGUCCAGUCCUCUGAGUCCCCUGUCUCCGGGAAUCAAGUCCCCGACCAUCCCCAGAGCCGAGAGAGGCAACCCUCCACCCAUCCCACCCAAAAAGCCGGGCCUUGCUCCUUCUCCAUCCACUACCGCUCCACUGACCAAAACUCAUUCCCAGCCGACGCCGUUGACCGGCACAGAAGACCUGGCGAGCAGCUGCUCUGCGAAUGCUGUCGUGGCCAAUGGCAAGGACGUCGAGAUCCUUCUGCCUACCGGCAGCUAGUCUCCGGGAGGGGCCCCACACUCAACAUUCCGUCCGACGCUGUCCCGGCACUCAGAGUCACCGCUGAGUCAGAUCACGUUAUUUAUUUUGAUAGUAGCUGAAACCAUCUGUGUAAUACAUUGAGUGUAUUUUAUCUUUUUGUAUUUUUUUAAGUAGAAACUGAGUAGUUUGGAUUUUUAUGAUUCACCUCUUUGUACCAUAAAGCUACGAAGGGCACCUCGAAGAUGUCUCCAGCUCGGUGGUCACCAUGAUGUGAAGGUGGCUGAGUACCAGGUGGUGACUUGCUCUCUUUUGGGGGGACUGGAAUCACUUGACACUCAUUUUUAAUUAUGCAGAAGUGGUUCAUGCAGAUUUUUAUUCCAGAUGAACAUGUUUUAAAAGUGCCUGAAAUAAGACUGCCAUAUGAAUGUGAUUCUGCAGCAAAAACAAACCGGCUCGUUUAAUUGCAGAAAAUGAGAUCCUCUGUGAAUUCUGAAUGUUGAAAACAAACUGCUUCUAAUCCUCUUUUACUGUCUUGAAUACCACCAGCUGCACGAGUAGCGUGGGUGUCCUGAAGGUGGGUGUGAACUCACCGCACGUCGGAGCCUUCCAGAGCCGUGAGACGCCUCCUGAUCAUUAGGUAGCUGGAGUGCUGAUUUUCUUGUACUUUUCAAAAAUUAAGGCACUCCCAGGUUCCUGCAUAAAUUCUUGAAUAGAAGGAAAUCACAUCUCCAUUCAGAAAACGUCUUCAGGCCUCUACUGUUGUGUGAGGAACUUCUGGUUCCGAUUGCUGUUACUUGAAUAGGAACUGGUUACUCAUUCUUGUGUAACAGUUUUGCAACAGAAUGAGAUCUUUAAUUCUGUAAUCAAAAAGCAAUAACUUAAAAUUCACUCUUUGUAAUAUUGUAAGUCAGAAUUAUAUAGGUUUUACCAAAUUGUUACACUUAUUCUCCAGGCUGGCAGCACCUGGUGUCUCCAUCUGUGUAACUUUUGCCUAAAUGCAAGUGUUCAUAUAUUUGUAUAGACACACGCCCCUUUACGUGUUUAACACACACACACACACUUACCACAUAAAUAUCAGCGUGAGCAUAUCUUUGGAGUUUGCAAUAUAGCAUAAAGGAUGAGCAGAGAUGCACGUUAAGAUUACCUCCCAAAGCACCUGGACGGGUCCGGACCCCGGGCAGCCAGAGGAGCGCCUUGUCCCCAAGGAGAUGGGGACGUGCCCAGUGAAGUCGGGUCUUCGGGCUCAUGAAAAGGCAGAGCCACACUAGCCCCGGUGUCACGGAGCUCGACUGGCCACGCAGGUGAGCAGGACGGGCACUUGGUCACGUGGCGUGAUGGACCCGUAGCAAACCCGACUGCCCGAGCCUGUUUAAAAGGCUCGUCUUCUCCUGUUCAGCUCCAGCUGCUUGUUGCCAUGCAAAAGCUACGUUACUGGCUCCUCAAAUUUUCAUAAAAUCCAAAUUUUCAUGAGAAACAUUCUCAUUUUAACUAUCAAGAAACUAAAAAAAAAAUGCUCAGCACUGCUAGUUAAGCACUUCUGCAGCUGCAUUUAGUCCACAAGCUACCAAGUUGCAAUAUCUCCUUUGUUCUAGAAACUUACAUCAUUCCAUCACGGCAAGUUUGUGAGGACAGAAGCUGUCCUUAGAAUAUGGUGCUGUGGUUGAUUCAAAGUCCCUAGAACCUGAGAGCUGCCUCCCUCCUUCAGACAAGACGGCACACAGCCCAGCUCUGACGUGUGUUGACGUGGCUUUGCAUCCACAGGGAUGGGGAGGCUGUGGGUGCCUCACACACGCUCUCCCAGCCAUCAUCUCCCCUGAUGCCCUGCUGCCAUUUAGGUCUGUUCCCUCUGAAUCCAAUACGAGUUGACGGGCAGGUGGUGGAAACUCGUGUGUGACGCAGUUUCCACCGCUCUGAUGAAGGCCAAUACUCAGAAAUUAAAACCUGUCGGUGCCCCAGGAGUCUUCCAGAUGAUGGAGGGGACCCCUUAAACUGCCUGAAGCAGCCGUGCACUGACCUUGAUUCCCAUGCGUAGCCAGUGAUGGUGUUGAUAAAAAUAGCUGAACUUCCGAUAAUCCCGGAGCAUUAAUACCUCUCUUGCUUUAAAUGGUAAUCUUAAAAGUUGCAUUGUGCUCUUCCUUUGUUUUGGCAUAGAUAUAUAUAGAGAGAGAUUAUGAGGAAGUUUAUUUCUUAGGAAGUGCACUGAAUAAUGUAUUUCUUUUACAGUGUAAUAUGGGGGUGGGGAAAUGGAAAAGAAAUGUGUAUUUUUGCUAGUUGCCUAUCUUCUGAGAUAAAUAAGCACAAUACUACAAUGGAUCCAAUGAUCCAGUUAGGUAUUAUAGAUUAGUAUUUAAGUUUGCUGUAGAUUGUGUGUGCUAAGUAGAAGUUCCAUGAUUCGCGAUUUUGGUGUUUAGCCCAUGUUGCAAAAGCUGUGUCACUGGUCAACGGAUUCUGUGUAACGACGUGCAACGCGUAACACAAGCAUUAACUCGCCACUAACGUUUGUGAAGCCAAUGCGCCGUGCAGACGUCUGCGUCCGUUUUGAUGGCAGACUACAUUAAAGCAAGUUAAACCCUCC